UUUGAUUUGUUUGGAUUAUGCACACUGAUAUGUGCUUUUGAUAAUGGUUUCUUUAGGCAUCAACGUCUUGUCUUCCGCCAUAAGCUAUAUGAGCUUAGAGAGGAGAGGAAUAUGAAGCCUGAGACCUUUGCCAGCCUUGUAUCUGCUAUGCUUUAUGAGAAGAGGUUUGGCCCAUACUUGUGCCAACCUGUAAUUGCUGGAUUAGGUGAUGAUGACAAGCCUUUUAUUUGCACCAUGGACUCUAUUGGAGCAAAGGAGCUCGCAAAAGAUUUUGUUGUUUCUGGCACUGCAUCUGAAUCACUUUAUGGUGCUUGUGAGGCCAUGUUCAAGCCUGACAUGGUUUGUUACUGCUUUUGCUUUCUUUUUUGCUUUAUAAUUACAUAAUCUGUCUCUAGCUUGAAUGCCAUAU